AUGUAUGAUCAGAGGAGUGCUAGAGCGAUUCUGUAUAGCGUCAGGGCAGAAAGUAAGUUUAGAAAAGUCAAAAAAAAAUCUUUUCUAAAACAUGUGAGUAGAGAUCUUGGGAAGACGAUCAGUGAUGUAAGUGGCAUUAGCUCGACACGUGAGUUAGGCAAGUAUUUGGGGAUGCCAGUUCUUCAGAAACGAAUCAACAAGGAUAUAUUUAGUGAAGUUUUGGAAAAGGUCUCGUCGAGAUUGGCAGGAUGGAAAGGACAGUUACUGAGUUUUGCUGGACGUAUCACACUCGCCAAAGCAGUUAUCUCAUCAAUACCGGUGCACACGAUGAGUAGGGCUAUACUCCCACAGUCGAUGUUGAAUCGUUUGGACAAAGUCUUGAGAUCAUUUAUAUGGGGAGAUAGGGCUGAAAAGAGGAAACAACACCUGAUAUUUUGGGAGAGGGUCUGCGUUCCUAAAUCAGAAGGGGUUUGGGGAUUCGAAGGACACAGGAGAUGA